AUGGGGAGAGACAAGACUGGAAUGUGCCGCCUGGCCUUACCAAGGUACUUGGCCUGCUUGCAAACCAUCCAUCUUCAAUAUUCUAUUGCACCUUGUAAACGAGACGUCGUUAUGCAAAGUAUGCUCCUUGAAAAAUUCGUCGACUCAUACCAACAUCUCAUCCAGCCAUUAGAAGCAAGAACGGGCCUUGCCUUCCGCUCAUCUCGGGUUACAGCUUUCAUGCCUAACGCUGGCAAAGCAAAGGAAGACACGGCCAUGGCCCUUGUAAUGGUCAUGGAUGGAUGA